AUGUCUAGCAAUGAUGAGUACAAUGAUGAAAAUACUUACACGACAUAUACAAGUGAUAUGCCGAGUACUGGUACGCCUGCUGCCCCUGCUGCCCAGCCUGCCCUUGCUGCCACAACUGCAGAAACUGGUUUGGGAACGUCCAAUCCCACAACUAAGCCCCCAAUGAACAAAAGAAAACAAAGGUCAGCUGCUUGGGAUCACUUUAAAGUUACUGUUAGUGCAUCAAAUGAUCCAAGCUGUGGAUUCACAAAUGAAGAAUCUAAAGCGGUGGUUGAGGAAUUUAGUGCCUUGGAUGAGUUUGGAUUAAGUGAACAAAAGUCGCAAUUGGAGUUGUAUAUGCAAGAAGCAAGGUUGGAUGCCAAAUCCAAUCUUGAUGUUCUUGGCUUUUGGAAAGGGAAUCAAUAUAAGCAUCCACAAGUAGCUCACAUGGCUCGUGAUAUUUUGAGCAUUCCCAUAACUACGGUUGCUUCAGAAGCUGUUUUUAGUGUUGGUGGAAGAGUACUUGAUCAAUACCGUAGCUCACUUAAAGCAAGCACAGUGGAGGCAAUUAUUUGCACUAGAGAUUGGUUGUUUGGAGAAAAAGCCUUCAAAAGCGAAACACCAACAUCUGAGUUAGCCGAAGACUUUAUACAUGGCGAUGAUGAACCUCAAACCGAAUCUUCUUCGGUCUCCACUAUUGUUGUUGCAUGAAGGCUGCCACUUAGUCUAGUUAUGUUUUGAUUUGUUAAGCUCACUUGGAUUAUGUUGUAGUUGUGAGAGGGAUUGACGACUCUUGGUUGACUUGAUGCAUUGUUAUUUUCAUUUGAGCUUAUUAUAUUUUGUUAAGCUUAUUGGUUGAAUGCUUUAUAUUGAUUGUAUUUUUAGUUUGGCAUAUGUUGAAUUAUUGAUUUAUUA